UUUCUUCAGUAGCAUAUUUGAAAUCUCCUGGGAGGAUAAUGAGUUACGUGAAUGGCAAGACAAAAACAGACCCAUGUGAUUUCAUGAUUUUUCACAAGCCGCCCAGUGUCCCUCAUUGCUAUCCAUUUGACCACUCAUUUCAUGUACUAUAUGAUAGUCCUUCUUCAGUCUUCACCACUACAGCCUCUCAUCAUAGCCUAGCAUAUCUUUCAACAUAUAUAUGCAGUUUGUUAGGUGUAUUGAAACUUGUGGUACCUAGUCUUCUUCUUGUCUGCUAUAUAUAAAGGAGUUAGGGAACAUAUGUUUCUAUCCAAGCAUAUAAACUGUAUAUCAUUUGCAUGUGAAAUCUAAGUGGGGCUGAAGUUCCCCAUGUGAUCUCUCACAAGCUAGUGUUCCUAACUGGAGCCCAACUCAGUUCUUCUUCACCAAGCAUUUCAUCUACCAGAUGAUUUACCGCAUACCAUCUCGCCUAUAUAUACACACAUGAUCAACUUCAUCAGCAACUCAACUCCUCUCAUUGCAAGUAUCAAAUAAAGCUCUCUGUUUCCCAAGUUCUUUCAAUUUUUUCCUCCUCUUUUGAUCACUUCAGUAAUAUAGAAACCAUGGGUUUCCGAUUGCCUCGAAUUUCUAACACGAAGACAUCAGAUAUCCCAAAAGGCCACCUUGUGGUAUAUGUUGGAGAGAGCCAGAAGAAACGAUUUGUGGUUCCAAUAUCAUAUUUGAACCACCCUUUGUUUCAAAAUUUGCUGAGUCAAGCUGAAGAAGAAUUCGGAUACCAUCAUCCAAUGGGUGGAAUCACAAUUCCUUGCAGUCAAAACACCUUCCUUGAUGUCACUUCCCGCCUGUGUGUGUCAGUCAAGCACACUAAUGAAGUGGCGUUGGAUCUAAAAACAUCCUCAUUUGGAAACACAUCAAAUCACAUCUCAUGAAGCAGGCAAAUGACAUUGCAUCAACUCUCCAAGACAACUACUGUGUACUGUCUAAACUCUAAAGUUCUUGACACCAAAUUUUGAAUCCCAUGUAAAAAAAAUUUUGUCCUCCAGAAAAAUUAUGGGAAUAUACAAUAUAUUUCAAAUUAUCCUGAUCAAUUUUCUAAUUAGUUGUCAGUAAUUUCCAUUAUAUCAUAUUUUUUUUUCUUGUAUCUAUAUGCUACAAGUCUACAACUAACAAAUCCCAGCAAAUUUUGAUGAGGAAAUUAAUACUACUAAUGAACUAAUGGCUUAUCUGAUUUUUAACCAAGGCAUGCCUCAUACAAAACCGGAUCUUCAAUUAAACCACAUCAAUAUGAUCUUGACAUUGCGAUCGCUCAAAAUUAAUGAUAGAGGUCCUUUCCCAUCAAAAUAUGCAGAUAGAGUCAUCCAUAGGCUUUAAUUAACUUUGAUAGCCUGUGGUAUUAAAUCAAUAAUUAGAGCUGGAAUUUUCGUCAUGGGAAGGAUUAUAUCAUAGCAGAGGAAAAGAUGAGAAAAGAAACCAAAUUAUACAACAGAAAGCUUUCUUGCUGUUAAAAAAAAAGAGAAGACCAAACCUAUUCGUGUGGGCAAGCUGAACCUAAGUACUGGUUGAGCCCUUUAGGUGAGUUCUGUAACUGAGUUCAUAACGAAUGGGAAAAAAAAGAAGACAAAAACAAAAACAGAAGAUAGUGACUAUCAGAUAUACAAGAAUAAGUCAUCUAAAUUUAGUCAAACAGCCAAUCAACCUUUCUAUCUGGAUUUGCUGAGUCAAGUUAAAGAAGAGAUUGGAAGUGUUCAUCACAUAGGCAGUAUCAGAAUUCCUUGCAAUGUAAACAUCGCAAUUCUCAACACUUGCUUAGCACCUCUGGAGAAGAGUUUGGAUGGCUGUACAAUUCCCUGCAGAGAAGAUGUCCUCAUUUUUUGAGGUGUUGAUCACUUAGCUCCAUCAUAGAUAGCAGUGGAAGCAUUCCACCAAGACGAAUAUGCAAACAAGUAGGGUAGUAACUUCGUAACCAUUAAGUGGAAUGCACUACCUCAAACCUAUGAGAGUCAUUUAAGGUAGAAUGCUGUUAAUGGCCCAAGAGGCAACGAGGGGUGCAUGGAAAGGCAGCAUCACUAUCUAUAUUUAAGAGAAACCAAGAAGCUUGCAAUGCUUCCCAUUUCGUACUUGAUCAAACAUGAUAAAUAUUGUACAGUACAAAAAGAAAGAAGCCCCUCUAAUCCGAAAUAGUAUACAUCAUGACAGUGUCACAGAACAUGAACUUUAAUUUCUGUAAACUACUGUUAGCUUGAUAUUGUUGCCUCUCUGAAAUUCAUGCUCUAUGAUACAUAGCUUAUACCUUCGAUUCAAU